UGCUCAAGAGCCCUCCUCCCCCCUACCUCUCACAUCCAAGGCAGCUGUAUCAUCCCUCCUCCACAAAGACCUGCUCCCUGGAGGCCCUUUCACCAUCAGUCCUGGAUCUGUGCAGGUCCUGAGACACCCCACGGCUUUGUGACUGGCCCCUGUACUCACCUGCAACUCCAUCAAGAAGAAGUACCAUGGGGCACCAAUCUGCAAGCCAAGAACCCUCUGCAUGGCACGGUGCCUGGAAGAAACUUGUCCUGACAGUCUCUCUCCUAGCCUGCUGCCCCCAACCCACCACGACCCAGAAGCAGGAGCCGCAGGGUCUCACCCCCAACCCAUCCGUCCCCGUGGUGGGCCAAGACUUCAUCCUGAGCCUCUACCCAGUCCCCCAUGACAUCUUGUCCUGUCGCUGGUACCGCGGCACCAGCACCUCGCAUCCCUCCAACCUCAUCCUCACCUAUGACUCCCAAAACAAAGCUGGACCAAUCCAUGGCCCAGCCUAUACGGGCCGCGAGAGUGUGGGGCCUGACUGCUCCCUGAAAAUCCACCCCUUCAAAGCCACUGAUGGAGGCGCCUACGCACUCACCUUACAGACGUUCAACGGCUUGUCCGAGUACAAAAUUGAGGUCUCUGGGUUCUCUUUGCGUAUCCCAUUCGUGAUCAUCAUCGUGGUGGCCGUGAUCUUCAUCGUGCUCCUGGCUGUGGGGCUGGGGCUGUUCUUCUACCUACGUGGCAGGCGCAGGCAGUCAGCUUCCAUUGUCAACAAGGGGCCUACUGGGAAAUACGGGGCGACCCCCCCGAUGUAAGAUGACCUGCUCUGAUGGACGGGUCCAGCACUGAGUGAUGAGCUCAGACUUUCCAUAUCUCCGCCAGCCCUGUCAGUGCCCCUCACUCAGACCCACAGCCCCCUGCCCCCCGCCAGCCCUGCCAGUGCCCCUCCCAACCCCAGUGCUGUGCUACUCCCAGACUCCUCAGUCCCACCAGGGCCCCUAUACCUGCUCUCUGGUGGGGAAGAGGUGUCUCCAGGGGCUUCCCUUCUGCUCAACCCCUUGAGGGGGGCUCAUUUGGGAAUAGGGGCUUUGCCCUCCCCAGUGCAUGGAUGCGCCACUCUCCCCUCCCUGACUCGGGUCUCCUCUGCCCCCCAAGCCCCGUCUCUUCCACCCUUCUCAUCCUCCGUAGCCACAAGACCCACCUGCCCCUUCCCCUUCACCUCCAUACUGAUGAGAUAGAGACCCAGAGUUCCUGCCCUGAUCCCAAAUUCAGAAGCUAGGGUCACUUUAAGAAGAGCCCAAGUGCAUGCUGGGACAACCACUUCAUUCUGGGAAGGGCAGACGCUGCACCAGAGCUACACCACAGAGGACCCAAACCUAUACCACAGAGCAUGCAAAGCAUUCUGGGAGCUCUCUCCACACCCUAAGAAUCAACCAAUGCUGCUUGAGUUUGCAGAGAGCCUACACCCAUCACUUGGCCAAGCACUGGAGAAUGUGGAGACCCUUCCCAAGAUGCAGCAGGUUAAACCCUCCAGGGCUUCAUCUGGAGGUUCAAAAUAUUUGAUGCUUUUUAAGGUCUUUUUUGUUCCAUUUCAUCUUCAGUCCCCAGCUCCUGGAGUCCUGGGAAUAUCUGGGAAUUGAAAAACUAGCAAUGUAAUUUUGUACCCUAAAAAAAAGGUCUCAAACUCA